AUGGAGAAGAAGCUCUGCGAGUCGGUUCAGAAGGUGGACCAAAUCACAGAACUAAAGAGGAAAUGGAACUUGUCAGUCAGCACUGCUUUGACGACUCAUUCUGACAGUGACGAUGAUAUUUGGAAGGAGUACAAAGAAGAUAUGCAUCGUUUUGGUGUCCCCAAAAAUGACAUUCAAACGUUCUCAAGUGCCUUGAGGGCCUACAUUAUCAGCCUCCAUCGAAAGGGGUUGUUGGACGAGGUCGAGCCUUCUGAGAGAAACAUUGAUAGACAAUCAGGCCCUUAUUCCAUGCCAAAAAGCACCCCCAAAAAAGAUCCGGAAACGUACAAAAAAGAGGAAAUUGCAAUAAAGAAUGCCUACCAAUCAUAUCUUCAAAAUCAAAAUCAAAAAAUUAGCGCGUUGGCGCGAGAAUUUAACGCGCCUUAUCGCCGCUUAGUUGCUCGGAUUCAUGGUAAAAAGUCGUACCAUGAUCGCUUCGCAACGAAUUCGUUAUUAUCGGAAGCCGAAGAACGCGCAGUAAAAGCAUGGAUUGAGCAGCUGGAUACCAUAGGCACACCUCCUACAAAUAGAAUGAUUACAGGAUGCGCGAAUGCCAUUCUUGCGCGAGCAAAUCCGCAUCUCGACCCCCCGCCCACGGUUGGCCCAAACUGGGUGUACGGCUUUCUGAAGCGAUUACCGGAUGACUACGAACGAGUUGAACAAAAACCAAUUGACCCUAAGCGGCUUAGUGCUCAAGAUCUUGGUGUCCUACAGACCUGGUUUGACCGUCUUAAAAUUCAACUCGAUACUAAGAAGAUUACACCGUCAAAUAUUUGGAAUUUUGACGAGACCGGGUUCCGUGUUGGACAAGGAAAAGGGGAGACAGUUGUUACACGAUUUGGUCAAUCUCGUACGAGAAUUGCAAGCGCAUCUUCACGAGAAUCUCUAACGCUUAUUGAGUGCGUAAGCGCCAGUGGAAAAGUGAUUCCUCCACUCAUUAUUCUUGCGGCAAAAAAUCACCUAGAGGAAUGGUAUCAACACCUUAAAGAUGAGGAUUAUUUGAUUGCAUAUUCCAAAGCAGGAUACUCCAAUAGCGAGCUCAUCUUUGAAUGGAUUCAUCAUUUUGCAAUUACAACCAAGAAAUACGCCGGAAACAGUUGGCGAAUGCUUUUUAUGGACAAUUUUGAGGCUCAUAUUACGUACGACUUAUAUGAGUAUUGUAUAAGCAAAAAAAUCCUUGUUUAUACAUUUCCGCCAAAUACAACUCAUAUUCUGCAACCAUUGGACGGUGUGCCUUUUCAAAACUAUAAGCAUUUCCAUGGUGUUGAGGUCAACAAUCAAGCACGCGCUGGAGGCGUGGUUUUUGAUAAAUAUGACUUUUUAUACAACUUACCAACUGUUCGCAACCAAACCUUCACCUCCAAGAUUAUACGCGCCGGAUUCCGGGAUCGAGGACUUGUUCCGUACAAUCCAGAGAUUGUAUUUGAAAAGAUUGGUGCUCAAGAAAUUAUUGAUACUAUUCCUAUAUUACAAAUAUGGAAUGGUGAUGAACCAGAUAUCCCUAGCUCACCAACAACCCAAUCUAUGUCGCCACCUCUUGAUGCGUACAAAUUUAGCCGGCAUGUGAAAAAGAUUGAGAAAGAUUUGGAUGAGAUUAAGGAGAAAAUAAAGGAUAUAACUCCAAAUCUUGAGCGCCGCGUUCAACGUAUCAUGAAGAGCAGUCUUGUUAAUGCUCAUCUACAAGCGCAAAGCAAGGCUCAUAUCAAUCAACUCCUAGAUCUCAAUCGGCGCAAGGCAAAGGCCAAAUCGCGACGCCAAAUAUUGAACAUAGGGGGUGUUCUUUCCGUACGAGAUGCUAAUAAGCGAAUUGAUGCGCGUAAAGCUGAAGAAAUCAAAAAAAAAAAGGAGGACGGAGGAGCGCGCUCGGAAACAGCGGAUCAGACAGGCAAAAGAAACCGCUUCACAAAUUGCUCAAUCUAACGAUUUGAGCGCUGUUAUUGAUGCUCAAAUUAAUGAGGGAGAGCAGCCGGACGAGAAUCCUUUUUUUUAUCUAGAUCCGAAUCCUAGUUCAGUGUAAAAAUGUCAUUUUUGGUGUUUAUGGGU